AUGAGAAGAUACAAGCUUCUAUCAAACCCAACACAAUGUUGUUCUUUUAGCGGUCACAUUGAGAGUAAAUGGCAGGCCAGUAUAAAAACACCCAGAAAAAAAGAAGACCUGGCCAGGUUUAUUGUACUUCCGGAAACGGGUACAUUGGAGCCAGGAGCUAAAACUUAUUUGAAUAUAUAUUUCGUUCCCGUUGAUACCAAGAAAAUCGAAAGAACCUUGCAUAUAGAAAUCAAUGGCAGUCUUGAUCCAAUUUUGAUGGAACUCAUUGGACAAGGGCUGGAAUCUAAUUUGAAAGUGGAAACAUCCGAAAGCAACUUCAGCCCAACGUUGAAUUAUUUCAAGAAUACUCUAACUUUUACUGUUCAAAAUGUUUCGGAGAUACCGAUAGAGUUUUAUUUUCCUACGUUAGAUGAUGCUAGUCAACAGGAGAGAAACCUGACAGAGAUAUAUUUGAAACAUAAAAACUUGAAAUUUGUUUUCGCACCAUUGAGAUCUGCAGGAAACGGACUGCCAAAUUGUUUUCAGACUACAUAUGAUGGUUUGGUUGAUAAUUUGAGAAAAAAAAUUUGUGAAAAGGAAAUUGUUGAAGCAAGUGAAACUGUUGAAGCAAGUGACACUGAUCUAAGAAAUUCUAAAAGUCAUAUCGAAGUUGGAGAUCCGUUGAUCAAAUUUCCACCCAAUGAAUUGAAUAGGAUGCUUUUAGAUUAUAUAGCUGCUGAUGGAUUUUCAAGUGGUGAAACUUCAUCCAUUCAUGAAAUGGACGAUUCAACUGAUAGAUUUGAAAUACUUGAGCCGUGUAACGAGACAACGCAAGAGGAAAUCGAGCGCAAAGCGGUUUUAUUCAUUUUUCAUGGUGCUCCUAAUACAGAUUAUUACAAAGCGGCCAGCCAAGUAGGAAUUGCUUUAUCGAUUCCAGUUUAUGGUAUCGAUGGAUUGAUUAUAGAAUCGCUGGUAGAAGAUAAAGAUCCUGCAGCAUCUGAAAUAUCAGAAAUUAUUAAUGAAUCGUUCCAAGAGACAAUCGACGCUGAUUUGGAUCAAGACUUAUUGGAGAGUCUAAAAGACGAGACCAACGAAUAUGAUAACAUUUUUGCAAAAAUUUUGAACAUCAUAGAGCCAAAAUCAAAAAAGGGCUCCAAAAAAAGGUCAAGACAAGAAAAAGGAAGCAAAACGUCCUCUGAAAAAAGUCUUAAAAGAAAUCGCAAGGCAGGAGACUGCUUUCUGAAUAUCACUUCAGACGCUCUGGUGGAUCUGCUGAAAGCAAAACUAAAAACCUUUCCAUAUCUUGUCAUCGAAAGCCUUACUAGCAGAUUCAUACCGAAACAAAAUCAAGCCCUUUAUAUACUUUUAAGGGCAGCCGGAUGUAUUGCUUAUAUUAAUUUGGUGCUAUUAUCGUAUACGGUAAACGAUUAUGUUAAAAAUUGGGAAUCGGCACAAAAAAAUAUCGAAACUGGAGGAAACUCAGAACGAGAAAAAGAUCAGAUAAAAAAAACUACAAAAAUUCGACCAGUAUUGCCAGCGCAAGCCAGCGCAAGUGGAAGAGCUGGAAAAGCUAGUACGAAAGUCGACUCGGAAAGGUUAUCCAAAACCAGUAAUGUCCAAGGAGAACGUACUAAAAAAAUACUUCUAACUUUGCAUAAACACCUUAAGGCUGAAUUGGAAGAAUUUGAAGCACUACGUGCCGAAUUGGUACAUGUUGCGCAAUAUUGGGAUAAACAAAAUGCUGUGCUUAAGAAGCCAUUUAGCUCUGGUCCUCAAAAGAAAGAUAGUUCUAUUAAAGAUUCAGCUCGUACAAAUCGGAAUUCCUCUUUUAGAAAAUCAAUCUCUGCCAUAGCCUUGGGAGACACGUCUGACACUGGUAUUUAUUUAUGUUUAGUGCUAAACAGCACCAAUACCAGACUUGUUGAUUAUCCAAAAAUGAUAAGAAACUUUGUUAAAAAUAACGUGGAACUUCAAAGGAUCGUGAAAGAAAUCGAAGAAAAUAAAAAGAAAAUAUUUCUAGAGUCCGAAACAUUUUUCACUGUGAUAACGAAUCCCACUCGAAGUAAAAAUGAAUUUUCAUCGGUGUUUAGUAUAAGAAACUUUAAAGGAUCAGAUGUUGUUUAUCCUGUUAGAACUCGAAGUAAAUCAGGUUCUUCCAUUGGUAAACUCAAACAUAGACGAACCUCUAAAGGUUCACGCCGUAGGAGUUCUGAAACAAAAAGUAAUCAGGAUAAGAAGUCUUUCGUAAAAUCUGAAACUGAUGCUGCAGAAUUUUCAUCAAGAACCAUCCUCUCCCCCGGAGACUUGGUUAAAUACCAAGUGACAUUUUGUCCUCUCAAAUGUGGCAACUACAAAUAUAUAUACACAUUGGAACCAGUAAAAAAUAGCUCGAAAAGAAAUUAUCAGAUCAAAUUCAACGCUGUGUGCGAAUAUCCAAAAAUAAAUUUAAAUCCCGAAGUCAUGUUCCCAAAAACUCUUGAGAAUUAUAGAGAAAAAGCUUCCUACGAUCAUUUUGUUUAUAUCGAAGAUCAAAAAAUAUUCGAUUUUGGUUCCAUAAUAGCUGGCAGUUCUCCAGAUAAAUGUCUUCUAUACAGCACAACUAUGAGACUACGAAAUGACUCUUCUUCAAACUGUGAUAUUACCAUAACUUUAAGCAACGACGUUUUCACUAUAGACCCUACAAAUUUCAUCAUGGCUCCGGAAUCUGAAUGCCUCUUGAAUUUAUCAGCAAAAUCUACCAACAUUGGCACUCAAGUUGCUCAAAUGUACAUUUCAAUCAGAAAUAAUCCACAGGUGGAAAGUAUUAUGCUGGCCUGUUCACCUUGUAAAUUGGAAUUUAGCGUUCAACCGAGGACAAUUACUUUCGACAAAGUUCCUGUGAGUUACUCAGCCAAACGAGUGGUAAGGCUUACAAAUACGUCACCAAUAAAUCUUCGAUGGGAGUUAGUGGACCCUGGAUGGGCCCAUAAUAUAUUUGAAUUAUCCCGUGAUAGAGGCACAAUAGAUUUAUAUUCAACGUGCGAUAUAGUGGUUAAAUUCAGUCCCACCGAGGAAUUAUCUAUUCCUAAAAAAGUUUUACCAAUAAAAGUUUUUGAUGUAAAUAGUGUCAGUAAUGACCCUUGUUGCCUAGAAUCUUUAACAAUCAAUGCCGACUCCGUCCUAUACAAUCUGGAUCUAGAUGGACAUAUUGAUUAUGGAGAAAUUAAAGGAGGCGUUCUUUUGAAACGACUGCUUCCUAUAACUAAUAAAGCAAAAUGUGAGGUUAUUCUUAAGAUUGAAAUGGUAAACAAUCCAUUAGAAUCAAACAACUUCGUGAGGGAGUACUUCAAAGUGCAACCACUCUUAUUAAAUGUAGGAUCACAAAAAACGGAAAAUCUAUCCAUUAUUCUACAUUCCAAAUGUAAUUUCUCGGCACAAAAUCUUUUGAUUUUUGUUGUCAGUAUGGUGGAGAGCAUUCAAACAGGUCAUGUUAUUAAGUCGUACAAGGUGACGAUAAGUGCUACUUGUUUUAUGCCAAACUUUACCAUUUGUCCUUUGUCUCGUGUCAAUUUCGGAUACGUGCCGGUACGGAAUACGAAAAAACAAAUUAUGGAGAUAUCUAAUAGAGGCAAAUUUUCGUUUAAUUUUAAUCUAAUUAACUAUGCAAAAUUUUCGGAAAAAGCUAUCGAAAUUCGGAAAGAAAAGAAGACGAAAGAUGUUAAAGUUGAUACUAAAAACGAAAACAAAGCAAACAGCGAAAAGGCAACAAGAAACAAAUCAGACAUUAGUAAAGGGACAAGUAAAACUGAUAAGAAAAAGCAAAUUGCAAUGUCAAAAUUGGAAGCGGGUUCCUUUAGUAUUAGUCCCUCGAGCGGAAUUGUAGAACCAAACGAAACCGUUACCAUCGAAGUAGAAAUUACGCCUGAUGAGGUAAAACAAUACGAUGAGAAAAUACUUAUACAUAUUCUGGAAAUUGAAAACAUGCAAAAACAAAAAGUUGUCAACUUACAAGCUGUUGGAUGUGAACCAAAAAUAAACUUCAGAGAUUUUGAGAAGGUUUUUGCAGAACAAUAUUUUGUAAAAAAAAUUGAGGAGUUUAUUCCACCAAGAAAUGUGGAUGGUUGUUGCAUCUUCUCAUCUUCUGAAAGGAUGUUAUAUUUCGAAUUAGUUUGUGUUGAAACAUCCUUUUCAACUAAACUUCAUUUAACGAAUAUUGGAUACGCAACGUCACAAUUAACAGCGAGAAUAGAUGAAUCUAUAAGCAAACAAGCAUUUUCAGUAACACCGAUUAGUCAAACUCUGGAUCCGCAUUCUACGCAGUUUGUAAAAGUUACGUUUUCGCCUAGAUCUUUGGAUCCCAUAACAGGAAGUUUAGAAAUUACCUAUAACGCAACUUCCGAUAACAAAUUAACAAUAUCACUUCAUGGUAGAGCUUGUCUACCUCAAAUCCAACUUUUAAAACCGUUAACUGAUUCUAACGAAGUUUCCUUGGAGCUUGAACCAAUUUGUGCUGGGCACAGAAAGGAGGCAAGAGUAAGCUUCAAGAAUAUCAGUGAAAUAAAAUGCAAAGUGAUUCUGGAACUGUCUUCAUCUAAUGAUGUCUUUUCAAUUGUUCCUGUUGGCUCAACUUUGCAAAUGUUGAAUGUGCAAGAUUCUUCACGGUAUAUGGUCAAUUUAUUAGUAGAUGACAUAGCAGAGUUCGAUGUGAUAUGUAAACCGAAAGAACGGACAAGAAAUCAAGUUACUUUAAGCUUACAUACAGUAUAUAAUCCUUACGAAGUAAAUAAGGUUUUAAUAACAGCAGAUAGCUACGACGACAACAUAGUUCUAGAAGGUUUGAAUGUAAUAAUUUUGAAUCCAUCCCAAGGAUCCCAAGAAUGCCAGAACUCUGUUAGAAAAAUUCUUACAGAAUAUAACCUAAACUUUGGCUAUAAAGUACUAAACAAAAUAUACAAAAAGACAUUUAAAAUUCGAAACAGAUCCAAUAAGCAUACAUAUAAAUUCAUAUUACAUUCUUCGGUGGUUUUAUUUGUUCCCGAAACCGGCCAUUUGAAUCCACGUGCUUUUAAAGAAAUUACGGUUAUAUUCAAGUCGAUGACGCCUGUAUCAUUGCAAAGAGAAGAAAUUGGCUGUAUCGUUACCCAAAUCGAAUACCUUUAUCCAGAUGAACAUCCUAUUUCAUGGGAUGAUCGUCUUAAAUUUGCUCAAAUGAACUCGUCCUGCGAUCUGAUGUCAUACUUCAGUAAAAGUAGCUCUGUACAUUCGUUAUCAUCAAAUGAAUCUCUAUCUAUAGAAGAAAGUAGUUCUUCCCUUAUCGAAGACAGUACUGCUUCUCUAGAAGAGGAAGAAGAUGUAACUUCAGAAUAUUCGAAAACUACUAAUCUGGAAGGAGACGAACCUGAAAUAACUACUUUGCCUGAUUCGAUGGAGAUGAUUCCGUUGAUUUUGACUGUAUUCGCUGAUUAUUCUAGGUAUAAAUGUGAGACUAAAGCAAUACAAUUUGCGGACACGUAUAUUAACGAGGAAAAUAUUAAAAAUGUCGAGGUAGAAAAUAUCGGAAACGUGCCAUUACUUAUAUCUUGGACAAUAAAUAAUAGGGCUCGUUGUAAAAGUUCAACGUCUCAAACGUGUAUUCCAAAAAACAAAUUUUGGGAAGAAGUUUCUACCAGAAGCGCUAGUUCAUGUGAACUGUUGUCCAAUUUCUCUUUUGAAUCAGAUCCAUCUGUUCCUAUUGUGGUAUAUCCCGGAAAAAUUAUCAUUGAGCCAGGAAGUACUGGCAUUAUCAAUUUACGGUUUCUUCCAAAAACUGAAGACAAUUUUGAAGCAAUACUUCAAUCCAAUGUGGAUACAUUAGAUCCGACUUUGGACAAAAUCAAUAUCGAAUUGAAGGCCAAAUCUCUUCCAAUACCGUUUUAUUUUGAAAUGGAAGAUAAAACUACGAGUAGUACAGUGGCUUCUUUAGAAUUCGAUAACAUUGGUGUUGUCACAGAAUCAGCAAGAAAAUUAUUUCUGGUAAAUCCCAACGAUGAUUGUAUUUCUUUUGAAAUAAUACCCAAGGACACCAGAGAUUUUUCCCAAUUCAUUUGUGGCAUUCCAAGGGGGACGAUAACUGGGAAGACAAAGAAUUUUACAACUUUCUAUUUCCGCUCUCCAAUGAUAGGAUCCUUCAAAGAAGAAUACUUGGUUAAAAUACCCGAAAAAAAGCUGCAAAAAAGUAUUUUACUGCUCGGCCUAUGUAGGGAGCCCAAGGUUUAUUUUAACCAGAAAACUGUUGCGUUGAGAGCGACAGUGCCGAAUGUGAAAAGUAUUGGAACGAUAAAAUUGUGCAACGACGAAAAAUUUCCGGUUUUGUUCAGGUUUGUUAAAAAAACGUUGAAUUCGGAAAAUCAACAAGAAAAACUUGAAAUGUUUCCGAGUGUUGGAAAACUGCAACCUGAGGGAGAACAGAAUAUACGGUGUACUUUUACAACAGCAAACAUCGUAUCCGCAAGUUUUUACAUAAAAUGUAUGAUUGAAAAACGUAAAUCACCAUUGAACCUAGUCGUAUCAGCUACUAGUCUAAGGUUAAUCCCAUUGGUGAAAUAUUCAACUAAAAAUGAAGAAAUUGUUAUCUUGAAAGAGAAUGAAGUAAAUCUAAUGGAUUUAGGCAGCACUUACAAAGGACGCAAAGAUAUAGUUAAAUUCGAAAUUGCAAAUACUAAUGAAAUCGGAAUGAGCUACGCAUGGAAAUUCGACACAAGUUAUGUGUCUCACAUUUUCAAUAUAUCAACCGAUAAACAAAAAGAAUCAAUUGAAAGUAAUAAAGUUUCGACAGUGAAUUUGAGUUUCGAUGCUGUGGGCUCAGGAAUACUCAAGAACUUCAAAAUUUUACUUCAAAUUAUGUACGGACCUGAAUACAUUAUACAAGUCAAUGCUGUGUCUGACAAACCAUCUUUUUCGUUUUCUUUUAAUUCUUACAAUUUUGGGUAUUGUUUAAAGCAAAGCAAAGAAACUAACUACUAUACUACCCUACUAAUCUUUAAAAAUUUGGAUGUUAAAACAAUACUGGUUGAGAACCUUUUUGAAAAAACUAAUUUUCUGUCAGUCGAAUUUACUUCAAGUAACGUUCCACCUGGGGAAACUAGACAAAUUGCAAUUAAUUUUUUCCCACAAACAGUUGGUUCUUAUAAAACCAAAAUCGUAUUCCUAAUCGACGGUAUAAAAAAUAUGAUCGGAAUAUCUGGAGAAGCAGUGACAGUAAACUUAGAACUGUGCAAUUUGAAAGACAGAUUUAUUGAUUUUGGCGAAGUCAGGUUGGGGAAUGUUAAAAAAUAUCAUGUUGGAGUAUUCAAUAAUUCACCUGCAAAAGUUGAUUUACAUUUCAAUUUCUAUGAAAAUUUGUUAAUGCAUCAAAGGAAGAUUGAAAAAUUGGAUCAAGUUGAUAUGAAAAUUCCCGCGGCUUCUCUACCUGAAGGAGACAAACAGAAAAAUAUAGGGAAAAGAGGUAAGUUACAAGACCCUAAAACAAAAGCAGAAAAACCAAUAGGUGACAAAAACGGUGAAAAGGGAAAACAGAAGAAAGAAGAAUUAUUGAAACAAGCUGAAUUACAGAUAGAAGAUCUUGAAAAAGAAAACCUAAAGAAAAUUCAAGAAGCGAGAUUGAAUUUUUUAAAAUGCUUUGUGAUUGAACCAAAUAAUUUUAAAAAUGUUCCACCAAAAGGAAAGCGCUAUUUCAACAUAAUAUUUCAGCCCAACAACAAAAUGAAUUUUGAAGAGAAAAUUUACCUCGAAAUCCAAGAUUAUAUGAAGCCCUUUUUUAUCAUUAAAGGAUCAAGUUUAAUAGCGAAAUUUUCACUCGAAAAAAAAGAAGCAUCGUUUAUUGGAGUCAUAAGCGGACACAGUUCGAGUCAAUUAAUAAAUGUUAAAAAUACAGGAGACCUGGCUGGGAGUUUUGAAUGGCAAAUUGAUGAUAAACGAAAUUUAUUUGUCAUAGAACCAAAACAAGGAUUUGUUUUGCCCAAAAAUGAGGUACAAACAAAAAUAACAUUUUCACCUAAACAGGAAAAGUGCGAGUUUAGAGUCAAGGCUAAGUGUAUUAUCAAAGAGUUCAAGGAGACAUUAACACUAACAAUGAAAGGCAAUUCUGUAAGAAUGCCGGAGCCUACCUCUACUGUAACAAUGAAAUGUAACGUUCGAGAGCAAGUUGUGGAAUCCGUGAUGGUGAACAACAAUACUUCUAAUAAAUGGCUUCUUCAGUGCGACAUUUCAAAUGAUGUCUUCUCCACGACUAAAGAAAUUGUCGCAUUACCUCUCAUUAUAACUCCAAUAAUGAUCACUUACUAUCCUAAGAAGAUGACUACAGUCAAACCAGAUGAGGCUGACUUAUUUAUUAAAAUCCCCGAUGGCAGUGGACUUCUAUAUAAACUCGAAGGAACAGCAGAACCUCCUUUAUUGGAAAAACGUAUAGAAAAAGAGAUUCGUUGCAAACAAAACUUUCACGCUGCCAUUCCGAUUGAAAAUUGGCUCAAUGUGAAACAAACUUUUGAAGUUACCACUGAGGUCCUGUCACCUAUUAGCACCAAAACGUUGUAUAGAAUUUUCGGCUUCAAGAAUGUCGAAUUAAAAGGAAGAGAAAAGAAAAAUUAUAAUUGGGGCGCUUACGUGGUUAACGAAGGGUUAAUAGAAUUUAGAGUUACUUUUAAAACUUCCGAAGGUGAAUACAUAUUUUUUGAAAUCAGUCUAAAAGUUCUUCCAAGUGAACCAAAGGAAAAUAUUGUUUUCAAUACCAGAGUAAGAGAGCCUGUUACGAUGUACAUAACUUUGGAAAAUCCCGUUGAUGCACCUGUGACCUAUUUAUUGGAGUCCAAUGGAAAAAACUUGAUAUUUCCUAAAUUUGUUAAGUUGGAACCAUAUACCACGGCCAAAACUGAUGUUACUUAUUCCCCUAUACAUGUUGAAACUGUAUCUACAAUCAUAACAGCAAAAUGUGACGAAUUGGGAACUUAUACGUAUAUGAUGGAAAUGGAAGCUAUAGCUCCGAAAAUUGAAGAAUGUGUUGUUUUCGUUUCAGAAUUUGGAGGAAAAGCCACGCAGGGCCUCGCAUUUGAAAAUACGUUUGAACGAACCGUCGAGUUCAGUUACCACUUUGAUGAUGAACAUUUUUUUAUGGAAAAAUGUGGCGCAGUAGCUCCUGGAGAUUCCGCGAAAAUUAUAAUUUCAUUUGAACCGUGCUCAUUAGGGCAUUACGAAACUAAACUCUCACUAUCUUCGACGGUAGCUGGGGAAUAUAUAUAUCCCUUAAAAGGUGAAUCAAUUCCUCCAAAACCCAAAGGCCCGUUUUUAGUUAAAUUGAAUCAUCCAGUGACGAUUCAUUUCAAAAAUCCUUUCGAAGAAGAUAAACAAUUUAAAAUAAAACUCAGUCCCAAUGCGUUCCGAUGUGACUAUAAUGAGGAAGAAAUUGUAUUAUCUAAAAGACUGGCUCGAUUUGAAAUUUAUCGGGAUCCUGAAACUGAGUCGGAUUUAUCUACUUAUUCACCUGGAAAAUUGAUCGUAUAUUCGGCUGACCUACCGGAAGUACAGUGGAAGUAUUAUUUAGAAAUGCAAUCGCAUUAGGGGUACCUAUACCUAUUGUUUUGAAAUAAUAAUUUAAAUAUUAAUAUAUUUUUUUAUUGGUAUGACAUGCAGACACUUUGUUUCAAAAAAGCGUAUUUGUCUUUUCCAAAAAAAAGCUCAUCUCAAAAAUUUGUAUUAAUUUUGAGGUAAAUUCAUUUAAUGCUGGUCGUCGUUCAUACUUCAUGUGGCUAUGAUAUAUGCAUAUUUAAGUUUUCGUUUCGUGGAAUCAAAUAAUAAUUAUCACCAUUACUGACGAAUUCUUUUGCCUCGGAGAAGGACUUGAUGUCCGGGAAGGCCUG